UCAUAAUAUCAGUGAACGGACCAGAGGUUAGUUGUGUAGGUACAUAAAGGUUAUGUCAAGUGCACAGUGCUCAAUAAUAAAAGGAUGUUCCUGUUAUUAGCAUUGUCGUGUGUGGCGCUGGCGUGGUGGGCGCGGUGGCGCGCGCAGCGCUGGCGGCUGCUGGCGCUGGCCGACCAGCUGCCUGGCCCGCCAGCACUACCUGUGCUCGGCAACGCCCUGAUAUUAAUUAGAAACCCAGAAGGAAUAUUCAUCACUUUUGACAAGCUCAAGAAGGAGUACGGCCGUGCAUUCAGAUUCUGGUUAGGACCCGAACUUAAUUAUUGUAUCUCAGAACCUGAUUACGUCAAAAUUCUUCUUCAAAGCAGAAAAUUAAACGAAAGAGGCCCGCAAUACAAAUACAUGGUAGAUUUCCUGGGCUAUGGUAUUCUCAGCGGAUCAGGUCCAGUUUGGCGGAAGCGGAGAAAGCUAAUUAGUCCGAAUUAUAGCCAUAAAGCUAUAGAAAAUUACAGCUAUUCAUUCAAUGAAGAAACUGGCUUCUUACUGGAGAGGCUCAGAGCGCGACCUGCGGGGAAGUCAUUUAAUAUCUACGAAGAAGUCGUCAAAACGACCACCUACACGGUCUGCCAAACUUUAUUCGGCUUGAAUAGAGAGCAGACGCUGAAGCUCCCCUAUCUUCAAGAAAUUGUUAAUGAAACACAUCAAAUGUACGCAGAAGCGUUCAUGAGAAUGACAAAAUGGUAUCUACAAAUUGAGCCUUACUACUGGCUUUCACAGUACUACCCAAGACAUCAAAAGUUCAUACAAAAAACAAAACUUAUGGUGGACGCUGUAGUCAAACAUAGAGUUAGAAAACUAAAUGAUACAAGCUUAAUUAAAAACAACAGCGAAAUUGCGUUGAAUAAGCAUGAAGCUUUUAGUACUGUGGAUAAGUUAAUUUUGACAAAAUCAAUCGAUUAUGAUGAGAUGUUAAAACAAAUAUUUACUAUAUUUACAACGAGUCAAGAAACAUCAGCGAAUAUUGCUUCUUUCCUACUACUGAUGAUGGCCUACCACCCUAAAUGUCAGGAAAAACUAUACGCAGAGAUAAAGGAAGUGUUUGGCGGGGAAGACCGGCAUGUGAGCGACGAGGAUGUAAAGCGCAUGCCGUACUUGGACAUGGUAUUCAAGGAGGUCAUCCGGCUGUUUCCGAUCGCGGCGAUGGUGCAGCGCACAGUUAUGGAAGAUAUUGAUAUAAGUCACGGCGUUACCCUCCCAGCAGGCAGUUCCCUGACCGUGUUGAUAUUCCACAUGCACCGUGACAAGGAGUUCUGGCCUGACCCGGACGCCUUCGACCCGGAGCGGUUUAGCCCUGAGCGCUCCGCGGCGCGCCACCCCUACUGCUAUAUCCCUUUCAGCUUGGGCUCCAUGAACUGUUUAGGAAGACACUUCGGCACCAAACUGGUGAAGACUGUCUGCAUCAGGGUUCUGCGUGAGUUCAGGCUGACCUCUCCGGAGACGUACGCGGAUCUCAAGCUGCUGUGCGCCGUGUCAGUCGAGUCUGUCAACGGAUAUCCAGUGUUCCUGAACCCUAGACUCAACUAAUUUGAAAUAAUUAAAAGAUUAUUUUGAUAAAAGACUUCGAAAACCUGUAACUUUAAUGAUCUACAUACAUACCUAAUACAGUGUGUUGUCUGUAACAGGAGCAAUAAAUUAAACUGUAGGCUGUACGCAUCAAACUGACCAACAUUUGUUCAGCAACUUUUGAAAAUAACUCAUGGUUUGAUUUUUAUUACACUUUAAAGUUUAUUCUAAGACGCAAUGUAUUGCAAAUUUUGUCAUGUUUACAGCGUGACAAGCAACGUCAACGUCAAACACACUGAUGUCAGCGUACAUUGAAGGCAAUAUUUAUUUUGUAUGAAAAAGAAGAAGUCUAAAGGAUUCAUAAUUAUUAAAAGUUGCUGAACUAAUGUUGGUUAGUUUGAGGAGUACAGCCUUUAGCUUACUUUAUUGCUCCUGUUACAGGAAGCACCCUGUAUAUGUGAAGUUUUCCGGCAGUUCAAAAACUUUAACUACUGUAAAGAAGAAAAAUUUGCCGAGAAACUUCCCAACUCAAUCUUUUAAUAUCUGGAAGAUGACAUGUUAUGGACAUGUCCUACAUAUAACAGCCAAACAUCUAUGUAUAAAUGAGAUAAUACAUGUUGUGUUUACCUAUUAAUCCUGGAAUAUAAAAUACUUAAAACCUUUUACAGUCCAAGUAAUUAUAGAACGAAUAAAUAAAGUCAGGUAUGGCUAUUAAAA